AUGGAUCCUCCCAAGGAUCAAUUCGCGGACCCUCCCACCGGCUCAAGCCCGCUGGAGCAGCCCUCCCUCUUCCCUGGGUACUCUGCCUCGCCUGGGAGCACCUCCCCCCCCCAUGCCACCAGCGAGUACACGGCCACUCUACAUCGUCUCUACGGCUCCCUGUCCCAGCUGGCGGCCUCCAGCAGCCGGUCCAGCCUGCCCGGCAUCCUGGAGGAGGGCGGCACCGGCGAGCGGGCGCCGGAGUUCCUAUCAGCAGACCUGGACAGCAGCCCCUGGCAUAUGCAGCCGGCGAGGGGCCCGGCCCUCUGCGCCCUGGGUCUGCCCUUCCCGGCCGCAAACGCGCCCGGCGGACAGACCGCCGGUGCCCCGCCGCAGCGCGAGCCGGCGCGGUCGCUCAGGCUGACCUGCAGCUCCGGCUCCCCCGUGCCGGAGGAGACCAUCUACAUGAUGGCGGAGGCGUACGGCGAGGUGGCAGGCGUGUCGCGCGCCGCCGACGGCUCCGCCCUGCUCUCCUUCCACGACUCGCGCGCCGCGGUGCUGGCCGAGCACAUGAUGGACGGCCGGCUGUAUGCGCUGGACGUGGCGCGCAUCGCGGCGGGGGAAGACCGCCGCACCACGCUCAUGAUCCGCAACAUCCCCAACAAGUACACCCAGAAGAUGCUGCUGGCGCUGAUCGAGGAGCAGUUCAGGGGGGCGUUCGACUUCUUCUACCUGCCCAUCGACUUCAAGAACAAGUGCAACGUGGGCUACGCCUUCAUCAACAUGGUGCGCCCUUCCUCCAUCCCGGGGCUGGUGGCGGAGCUGCACGGCAAGCGCUGGCCCAAGUUCAACUCGGAGAAGGUCUGCUGCAUUACCUACGGCCGCAUCCAGGGCAAGGCGGCGCUGGUGCAGCACUUCCAGAACUCCAGUCUGUUGCACGAGGACAAGCGCUGCAGGCCCAUCCUGUUCCACACCGAGGGCGAGCUGGCAGGGGAGCCAGAGACCUUCCCCCCCGAGCCCUGA